AUGCGUUGCAUCCUCGCAUUAGCGGCCCUUGCUGCCGUCGACCUCGUGGCCGGAAGCGCCUGUAAGCCCAAAUCCAGCACCACGAUCCCGUCGCUCAUUUCCUCCUCUACCGACGCCACGAGCUCCUCGACCGCUACAACCGUCGUCACCCUCCCUAAAGUCCGCAACUUGGCCACCAAUGGAAACAUGGCCGAGAUAGACCCCAACAACCCUCUCUCUGUUCCCGACUGGGAAGUUGAUGGCGAUGCGCGCAUCGUUGGAGGGGCUGGACGUGAGGAGCCAGGAAGCACUGAGCGAGGUUGCGCUGCGAUGAGUGCUUCCAAUACCGGCGAUGGAAAACGUGCUUUGGGUAUUUCUGUUAGCAUCUCGCAGAGCAUGUCCAAUCUCAAUCUCGCCACGCCUUAUACCAUUCGCUUUUACUACCUCGUCGUUACAUCGCCUGCGGCCAUCAAUCUGUGCCAAUUGACUGGUACUCUUGGCGGUUCCGUCUUCUAUCAAAACUGGGUCUUCAGCACCGGUACAGCCGUGUCUUGGAACGAGGUUCUCCAGGCUGUCACUCCCGCGCAGGUCAACGCACCUCUCCGCAUCGCGAUGAACUGUCUUAUAGGUGGUGGAGCGACUGUGCUUGUCGACUCUGUCUUCAUCUCCAACGCUGUCACGCCUCAGAAUAUCAACAACUUUGCUGUCAACUUUGGCAAUACCGGCACCGGUGCCAAUCCCCCUCUUGAUCCUCCUGUGGUUGGUCCCCAGACAACCAGCAGCUCUUCUAAGCAGGAGAACACGUCCACUACUCAAAAGCUAGAGACUACAUCUGUCCCCCAAGAUCAAAAGACCACUUCUACUGCCCAACCGGAAGGAACUACAUCUUCCUCUCAGAAGCUAGAAACUACGUCUACUACUCAAAAGCAGGAGUUUACAUCGGCCUCUCAACAGUUAGAGACUACAUCACUCUCACAGAAGCAGGGCACUACUUCUGCUGCCCAACAGCAAGGAACGAUAUCGGCGUCUCAGAAACCAGAAACAAGUUCUGCUCCUCAGAAUGAGGAGACUACAUCUGUACCCCAGGGGCAAGAGACUACAUCGGGUUCCCAAGAACAAGAGGAGACUACGUCCACCGUCCCAGCGCAACAUACUGAGACUGGAGCCACUGGUCAGCAGGUAACUUCAACCCAACCUGCUUCACAACAGUCCUCAACUGUUCCUGUAGUAGGUACAACCAGCACAGCGCCUGAGCAACCGUUCUGCUCGAAGGCUCUCAACGGAGGCUGCUGGUGGAAGCGCCCCGACAACGGCAACGACAUGGUCAACUGCGCUAGCCGAGGUUUUUGGCCUGGUUCUACGGGCCAGGGCCAUCUUGUUCCUCGCCCUGAUAACUACCCUCUGCCCUUGAGUCAGCUUUGGUGUUUAGGUUGGUGCUCCCUCUCACCUGGCUGCAAAUCCGUUGCCUUCAUCCCCGAGGACCGCAGUUGCCGCUUCUCGGAGCAUCAAGUUCAGGAUGCCGACUUCGUUCCUGGCCCUGACCCAAAUCUCGACACCGAGGGUGUGUUUUACUGGCAUGAUCUUUCUUGCUUCGACUGCCCUUGUAACGAUGAGCCCUCUCCUACCUCUGUUGCAUCAACCACUCAGUCUGCUGAACCUACUGGCCUUGUCAAGUUACCCGCAGCGUCAACCUGCCCGAAAUCCCUCGAAAAUGGAUGCCGAUGGAACGAGAGGUCUAAUGGCGGUGGUCUCGUCACUUGUCAGUAUCGUGGUAGAUGGCCGGGAAGUGAUGGCGCUGGCUUUGCUGUUGAGCAGCCGCGUGACUAUCCUACAGCGUGGAGUCAAAUGUGGUGUGUCGCCUGGUGUUCGCUCUACCCCGGUUGCAAGUCUGCAGCUUGGAUGCCAAAUGACCGAUCAUGCCGUUUCUCCACCCAUUCACUCUCUGACGCUGACUUUGAAAUGGCUGCCGAUCCCAACUCGGAUUCUGUCGAGGAUGGCAUCUACUAUUGGCAUAGCCUCGACUGUAUGACCUGCCCUUGUCACGACGAUCCUACCACCUCUUUACUUCCUUCAGAAUCCACUACUCUCGUCCGCGCCGUAACACCCAAGCCAAACACGCCAACCACUGUCACGGCUACUACCAAGGCUGUCACAGGAACCCCAACACCUGGCCCUGUAGAGCAGCCCUGUGAAUGGGAUAACGGCCAAGGUAUCUGCUAUAGGCCCUUCGAGAAGGAGCAAGGACCCUGCGGUGGAACACUCAUGAUCGUCAACCCGUCACAGUACACGAAACUACCCCUUAACUGGAAGCCCGAAAUCCGAGAGCCUGUACAGUGUGCGAUCAUGUGCCAUACCAACCCUGAUUGUUACGCCUGGGGUUUUGAAUGGAGCAGCAACAUGAACUGUGUUCUUUCUCUUGGACGGACCGAAGUUACUCAACUGGAGAUUGUCUCUUCAGGACCUCAAUAUCGCUGGUACUCUCAUACGUGCUGGGAGUGCAGGGAUUGUGUUACUCGGUGGAACUGGUCUUGGGAUUCUUUACCUGCUGGAAACUAA